AUGCAGUUCUCAAUCGCCACCGUCGCCUUCUUCGUCAACCUCGCCCUGGCCGUGGCCGUCCCCGAGACUGGUUCUGCCGGUAUGGUCCAGAAGCUCGACACCAGGGAUGUCUCCGACGCCCUGAUCUUCGGGCGGUCAUUCCCAUGCGCCUCCAACGACCCGACCACCUGCUGUGCUUGCCGUGGUGGAUUCGGAACCUGCAUCAACGGCGUUUGCAGCUGCAAUGGAGGCGACUGCUAG